UCAAAACACCUGGCCCCUAAUCACCUCAUGAGGGGUGGAGAGUAUAAAGGCAGACUCUCACCUGGUUGCUUAUGCUGGCAUUUGGUCACACGUCGCUGGGAAGGUUGCUUGGGUAGCAUGCAGGUUUUAAAGCUCUAACAUCAAAAACCACUGGAAGCUCCUGUUUGGUACUGGGGUGUGGCUGUAAUUCACCCUCCCCAGUGCAGUUUGCACAUAAAACGGGUGGUGGUGAUUGUGAGAUAAGCUCCCACUUCUACUUUGUCAGUCAAAUUUAGUGUAGUUGACAGAACAAAGACGUGGAGUUUUUCUCAUUCAGCUCGUUGAUCAAGAUGAAUCCUGGACAGUUUGCUGUUAGUCUUGCAUUUUUAUUCUCAUUAAAAUUUGUUCAGACAGUUCACCAGGUCUCCUCAUCUGUUCAACAAGGCAGUCGGUUCUUUUCAGUAAAAGCUGGAGAAAAUGUAACUGUGCAAUGUUUUCAUGACCCAAAUUCAUCUUCAAAGUUUAACUGGUACAAACUAACAUUGGGACAGAAACCACAACUCAUUUCUACUGUCUACAAAUUGGGAUCAAAUGGAGCUUUUUACGAUGAGUUCAAAGAUAAUCCCCGCUUCAUGGUGAACACCAAAGGAAAUCAAAAGAACCUGAGGAUUACAAAUCUGCAGCCCUCCGAUUCAGCGAUUUAUUACUGCAUCACCGGGAAUUCAUUCAAGCUUGAGUUCGAUUGGGGCACCAUCAUCCAUGUCGAAGGAUCAGGAUUAAACAUCCAGGCUUUAAUUGACCAACAGUCAGAGACUGAGAUUUUCCAACCAGGAGACUCUGUGACUCUGAACUGUACAUUACAAACUGGGAGCUGUGGUGGAGAACACAGAGUUUACUGGUUCAGAAACUCUGAGGAACAUUAUCCAGGACUAAUUUACACUCAUGAAGGGAGCAACGAUCAAUGUGAGAGGAAACCUGGGGAACAAAGUAAUACAUGUGUGUUCAGUUUGCCAUUGAAGAACCUUACUCUGUCCAACGCUGGGACCUACUACUGUGCUGUUGCCUCAUGUGGACAAAUAUUGUUUGGAAACGGGACGAACCUCAAUAUGAAGACUGAGACAGACUCUGUGUAUCUCCUGACAGGAGCUUUAGUAGUCACCACAUUUCUAAGUAUUUCACAAGCCGUGUUGUUAUUCAUUCUCUACAAGAGAAACCACUCUGAAGACCCAGAUUCUCAGUCCAGAAGGUCUUCUCCUUCAACAACCACUGAAGAUGACCUAAAUGGGGAAACCCUUCAUUAUGAAGCUUUGAGGACCAGAAGAUUAUCUGACCAGAAGAGCAGCAGAUCAUCUAGGCAGAGAAAUGAAAAACCUGACUGUGUGUACUCCUCUGUUGUAAAGCUUGAAAACUGAUCCACGUUGCUCUUGCCUUGCAAAACAGACUGACAGUUCAGAAGCAACAAUCUUUAUCUCUGUUAUAUAUGCAAUUUACUUUUUCUGCUGACUUGUUUUCAAGUUUCCAUGACAAACAGACUUCCAAGUCACCAUUACAUGGUGAGAUUUUAAAGGAAAUUCAUUUUUGCAAGAAUAGUUUGAGUUGUCUUACUGUGAAUUCUCAUCAAGAAAUUAAAUUUACCACAAAAAACACAAAAAAAACAAAGCAUGGCGUGUCAUGAUGUCGUCUACAGGUACAAUGUCACCCUCACACGUUGCCACAGGUCCAGUUCUGUGACCUACAUCGCUGUAGGUCUGAUGCCAGCGUUGAUCUUAGAAAUCAAAAUGCUCCCAAAUGGACCUUACCAGAAAACUCACUUUUAAAUAU